GUGGUUGCAGGCCGGACCCGCCCGCUCGCCCGCUGACAGCGAGGCUUAGGGCGGAGGAAGCGGGUCGGUUGGUGGGUCGGGAACGAGGCUCCGGCGGCCAGGCCCCGCGCAGAGCCGUUGCCAUGGCAGCCGCCGCCGGGGGCGCGGACGAUGAGCCGCGCUCCGGACGCUCGAGCUCGGAUGGGGAGUGCGCCGUGGCCCCGGAGCCGCUGACGGGCCCCGAGGGCCUCUUCUCCUUCGCGGACUUCGGGUCUGCUUUGGGCGGCGGCGCGGGCCUCCCCGGCCGGGCGUCUGGCGGGGCCCAGUCCCCGCUGCGCUACCUGCACGUCCUGUGGCAGCAGGACGCGGAGCCCCGCGAUGAGCUGCGCUGUAAGAUCCCUGCCGGCCGGCUGAGACGCGCCGCCAGGCCCCACCGCCGGCUCGGGCCCACUGGCAAGGAGGUGCACGCUCUGAAGAGGCUGAGGGACUCGGCCAAUGCCAACGACGUGGAAACAGUGCAGCAGCUGCUGGAAGAUGGCACGGAUCCCUGUGCCGCUGAUGACAAGGGCCGCACAGCUCUGCACUUUGCCUCCUGCAAUGGCAAUGACCGGAUCGUGCAGCUGCUCCUGGACCACGGGGCUGAUCCCAACCAGCGAGAUGGGCUGGGGAAUACACCGCUGCACCUGGCGGCCUGCACCAACCAUGUCCCCGUCAUCACUACACUGCUGCGAGGAGGGGCCCGUGUGGAUGCUUUGGACCGAGCUGGCCGCACGCCCCUGCACCUGGCCAAGUCAAAGCUGAACAUCCUGCAGGAGGGCCACUCCCAGUGCCUGGAGGCUGUGCGGCUGGAGGUCAAGCAGGUGAGUGCCCUUCACGCUGGGCCAACGGCACAAACAAGCGCCGGACAGGUGCCGCCCGGACCACAGACAGACACGCCUGCCCGGGCGCACCCGGGCGCCUGGGGUUGCUUCACACCGACCCCAUCCGGCCACCGCUCCACUGGGCUUCGCGGCGGCGGCGGCGGCGGCAGCUCUCUCUCUCUGCCACCUAGCGAGACCCCCAGCAACUCAGCCCGGCCCCUUGUUCCAGAUCAUCCAGAUGCUGAGGGAGUACCUGGAGCGCCUGGGGCGGCACGAGCAGCGGGAACGGCUGGACGACCUCUGCACCCGCCUCCAGAUGACGAGCACCAGAGAGCAGGUGGAUGAGGUGACCGACCUCCUGGCCAGCUUCACGUCCCUCAGCUUGCAGAUGCAGAACACGGAGAAGAGGUAGCAAGAGAGGCUCCCCGCCUUCCUGCUCUGCCGCCACUGCCCUCCCCCUGCCCCCGCUGCUCUCUCAUCACAAAGGAAAAGCCCGAACCUGGGACUUUGGAGCCACACGUGUCUGGUGAGGCCUUGCCCCCAGAUGCUACGGGGCAGAGACGCACUCUCACAGAGGCUCUGUGACUUCAGCGCCACUCCCAGCCACGGUCUCUGUCAUCUCUGUGGGCGGGGACCACAGCCCCCAGCUUCCCCCUUCGCUCCCACAGCACAGCAGCCACACCUCAGCUCCGGCCGACACGCGCUGUCCUAGCGGGCCUCACUCGUCUCGCGGCCUCCCUGCCCCCCGCGGCAGGCCCCAGAGCCUUCCCUGUGUCCCUUCCGGGCCGUGGGCUUGUCACAGCCAGCGGGGUGUGGGCUGAAGGCAGGCACCCUCGGGGGCUUCUUGGCUGGCCCUGAACCCCUCACCAGCAGUUAGAUUUCGACUUGCCACCUGACUUUCAAGGAGACAUUGCAGUGAGUGUCUCCGGUUGGAAGGGAGGGUUGGUGAAGCCCAGCCCUUAGAAAUACAAGGCUUGGAAGGACCCUGCUGAACCCGAGGCAGAAAAGGCCCACCCUUUUUCUCCCAGUCUUUGAAAUACCAGCAGGCGGAGUGGUCCCUUCUGCAGCCUAGUUGUAGUGGGCUGAAUAGAGGUCCCCUCCCCCGCCCCAGAUGGCCGCGUUCUUAUCCCCAGGGACCUGUGAACAUGACUUUAUCGGGCAAAAGGGACUUUGCAGACAUAAUUAAAUUAACGGUCUUUGGGCAAGGCGACCCUCCUGGGUUACCCAGGUGGGCUUGAUGCAAUCGCAGGGACCCGAGUGACAGGAAAGCAGGUCAGAGAGGACGGAGGAGACACAGCGGGAAGGGGUCAGAGGAACGCAGGCGCCCACGGAAGCCAGAAAAGGCAAGGAAAUGAGAUUCUCCCCUCAGAUCUCCCUGAGGGAGCCAGCCCUACUGACACUUUGACCUUAGCCCAGUGAGUCUGACUUGAGAAUUCUGACCGCCAGAACUGUAAGAGAAUAAAUGUGUGUUGUUUUAAGCCA